GUACACAUUGGAUAUUUACCAAACAAAAAGGUUGUUGGAUUGAGCAAACUGGCAAGGUAAGACCAAAAGCAAAAAAAAAUAAUAUAUAUAAUAUAUAUAUAGAAAAAAACCAUGGAAAUGAUGUGACAUCCACUACAUAUCGCCUUUAACCCCUUAAGGACCAAACGUCUGGAAUAAAAGGGAAUCAUGACAUGUCACAUAUGUCAUGUGUCCUUAAGGGGUUAAACUUUAGGAAACUUCAGAUAGGAUUUUAACAAUGUUGUACAGAAUUAUUCCUCUUAUUUCCCCUUCUCUUUGCUCUCUCUCUAUUCCAAAUGGUUGUCAUUGACUUGUAGUAAAUUACCUUCAUUUUAAUAUACAGUAAAGUAGGAUGGUCUGGUUUUUUUUUUUUGCUCUUUUUUAUUACAAACUCAUAACUUACAAAACCAUAACUUCUUACAUAAAAUAUUGUUAAAUCAGUGUCUUGAAGAAUAUGAACUUUAAAAUGUUUUGCUUUGUUUUAGGAUUGUUGAAAUCUUUAGUCGAAGGCUGCAAGGUUUGUACAUUUUAUUUAAUCAUUUCCGAUUUAAUUAAAUGUAUACCCCUGGUACUGUGUCGUAGAGGUCUGCAAUGUUGUUUGCUACAUAUCUGGCAAACGAUGUGAAGUUAUUGUGCUACAUAUCAAGUGCUAGGCUGCCCUCAGCAUUUGUGGAACGUUGCACCUUGUGCUAAUUCUUGAAGGGCCUGUUCUACACCUUUGCACACUGUGAUAACACUCAUCAUAUCUGAUACAUAUCCAUUAAUUCAGUGUUUUACAACAUUCUUUUGACCAGGUGCUGCAGGGACAUGAUUAGACUGGAUUAUGCCAGCCAAAUAUUGUUAUAACUUAUUUGUACAGUUCACAUGACAUUCACAGGACUAUAUGCUCUGUUUAACUAGAAUAACAACCUAGUUUUAUAAACAGAAAAAAAAAAAACAACAAUACGGUAGGAACUUUGAAGGGACAUUGUUAUGAAACAGCUAAACGCAUUUCUUCUUAAAAUGUAUUAAAGUAUUCUAAAGUGUUAAAGAACUUUAAAUAUCACCAAUACAUUAUGCUAGCAGAAAUGUAGUACCCUUUAAAAUGUUGACCCUUCUCGCACCUGUCAGUUGUCAACAUUGGUCUAAGCAGAGGACUGAGUGACAGGGAGAGUAAGAGAACCAUGUCACAGGUGGUUUUAUGCUCCUUGUCACUAUGCUACUGUCCCAGACCCUCCUUACACUUGUAAGAAGGUAUAGGAUGCUCCAGCGCUGAUGUGCUAGAAGUGGAGACAAAAAAAUUAAAAUCAUAGACAUCACUAUGGUAAAUUGGAUAUUUACAAUCUUGGUGUUAUAUAUUAAAGUGAAACCGUCAUGGCAGGUUCACUUUAAAAACCAAACGCAGAUGGGACAGGUACAUGGCAGAAAAAAAUAUAACUUUUUAUCCUACAACUGCUAAUGAAUACAAGCUCUACAUAUUAAAGGUCAAGAACUGAUAAACUAAGCCAUGAUUACUAGUGUCCUUGUCACAGACAUAGCCCUCUUUAUUAUUCUGUAAAUUAUAUUAUUUUUGUUCCGCAAUAAAUUAUCCUGACUUCCUUGACUACAAGUUCCAGCUGAACCUAAGCUGGAACAAAGCAUUUAUGGGGCCUUCCUGCUUCAAGUCAUUGCAAAAAUCAGCUCAAUAACGUAUCACCGUUGGCUAACUCAGCUGAUGUGUGUUCUCUGCUUCGCUAUCAGAUGUAUUCAAAUCACCAGAACAAAACCCUCUAUUGUGAUGUAUCACCCGGUUCUUGCACGUAUUAACAGCUCUUUGUACUAAAUGUGACUGUCUGUUGGCCCCGCAAGGAAUAAUAGAAUAAUAUUAAGCAUUUUGUAUCGUUCUAGUUCAAGAGAGGCUGACAAAACAAAUUGCAUUAGCAAUCAACGAGGCUCUGCAGCCAAUGGGAGUUGCUGUGGUCAUGGAAGCUUCGUAAGUAAUCUGCCACAAUAAACUAAUUGUAAACAGAUUUAUGUCUCUGAAGUCAAAUGUAGCUAAUUGAAUAGAAGUCUGCUGGGAGUCUGGCUAAGCUAUACUUGCCAACUGUCCAAAAAAUGGCAGGGCAGUCUUGACACAGGGCCAUUGCAGUGCUGGUUAUAAAUGCAUGUACAAGCCUUUUUACAUUGAUAAUUGGUGAAUUAUUCAGACUCUGGAAUUUUGGCCUACGUGUUACAAUUUGUAGUGAGCAGUGCCUCAAAUAUAACAACUUUAAAACAGACUACAAGGUUUCAAACUUUCAAAUUGUACUUAUAAGUAAAACAGAGAGACAGCAUUUUGACCUGUUAAAGAUGAACAGGGUCUGAAUAAAAGGCAAAUGUACUAAACAUCAGAAAACUCAAAGAAGGAGGAAUGUUGGUAAAUCAAGAUACUUUGACAUAGGAAAGUUUUUUAAAGUAUUACCCAUUCCACAUUUUAUUUUAGAUUUAUCUACAGUAAGAGAUCGAGUUCACUUCCAUUAUCUUCCUUUCUUCACUAGCACAGCUCAUUAGACUGAAAAAUAUUAAUUAUGAUAGCCAUAAUUAAAUCUGAUCACCAUAAAACACAACAUGGCAGCAUAGGAACAUAUUUACAUAUGUUGUUACUUUAAUUGAUUGAAAUAGUUUUGUGGUUUUAUUUUGUGUGUGAUAAAUUUACUCUUCUUUAAAUUUCAACUAACUUGCCAAAUAGUUCAUUACAAUUGUUUGGGACUCAAUAUUUUGAUUUUAAAUUAACGUAUUUCAAUACAAAUUAUUGUUCGAAUUAGUUUACCAUCAGUAGACAUGUUUCAUGGAAAUCCUGACAAAAACCCUUCUGUUUCCACAGGCACAUGUGCAUGGUAAUGAGAGGAGUACAGAAGAUGAAUAGCAAAACUGUGACAAGCACAAUGCAUGGGAUUUUCAGAGAUGAUCCCAAGACAAGGGAUGAAUUCCUAUCACUCAUCAAGAAAUAA